AUGAAACCUUCCAACCCAGUCCCAACGCAGGCAGAUGACCUGCCACCAUUCAGGGAAAUUACCAUCGCAAACGUGAAUAGGCUAUCCGAGAACUCUGAUCUCCAGCCGUGGACAGCUCAAAUCCAGCUCACCCUUGCGAACCUUGACCUCUUGGCUGUAAUUAGCCACAGCCUACCCAAGCCCACUCCCACCCACCUCAAUUAUGAGAGAUGGUUGAAAUGGUCCCAGCUUGUGAGUAAGUGGCUGAUUUUAAAUGUGGAAGCCGAAUUCGCCGACUUCCUCAGAUCCAUCCGCCCACGUCUUGAGCUGGCUGAUAAGACUUACCUCAUGAUCGUCGAGUUGCUGCGGCCCGAUGAAAGAGAGAUUAAGACUGAGGAGUUAAUUAAACUAUGGUCUAUGCGACGUCACCACUUCGACUCAAUCGCUACAUAUGUUGGUGCCUGGCGUGCUCAAGUCAUCAUCUGCCAGGAACUAGAACUUGGCAUUAGCUGGUACGCUGCCAUUGAGUUGAUGCUCCACGAACUGGAAGAAGAGAUGCCCAACCUGUGCGACUUGAUCGAUUACCAGAUUGGGAAUCGUGGACCUGCCUCUGGAAACAUCACUUAUGAGGAGUUUGAUCAUAUCGUCGACGACAUCCUAGUUGCUUUCUACGAGGGCAACCAAUCCACCUUCUGA